AUGUGCACUACCAAGGAGGGGCUGGAGCUGACCAGAAUCUCCCUGGUGGACGAGGAUGGCAACACUGUGUAUGACAGCUUCGUGAAGCCCUUCAACGAGAUCGUGGACUACAACACCAAGUACAGCGGGAUCACCCAGGAGAUGCUCAAGGACGUGGAGACGAACAUCUACGACAUCCAGCAGAGAGUUCUCGAGCUCUGCUCCGCCGAAACCAUCCUGGUGGGGCACUCGCUGGAAAAUGACCUGAGGGCGUGCAGAAUCUAUCACAGCCGCGUCAUCGAUACGGCAGUCCUGUUCCCCCACCCGAAGGGAAACGCGUACAAGCAUGCUCUCCGCCACCUUGUCAGCAGAUACUUGAGGAGGGAGAUGGAUAGGAAGAAUGGACAUUGCAGCGUUGAUGACGCUGCUGCUUGCAUGCAGCUUGUCAAGCUCAAACUUAUGAAAGGUUUGCCCUAG